GCUGCGCGAGCUCUUGCAGCCCAAAACCCAUCCCAACGCACGCGGGCUGGGAAUUUUCCACGGAAGCGUCUCUUCCCUGGGAACGGGGGCUGCGUGCGGCCAGACCCUGACCCCAGCCCCUUCCAAGAGGCUGGAAUUUUCCCCACGCUGGCCUGAGGGGAUGUGUCCGUCUGGGACCGUGGCACAGGCUGCUCGGCAUCCGUCCUUCUCCUCUCUGAGCAGCGGGAAAACCUCCUAACGAGCAACAGUCCUGAUGAUUAACGCCGAGGUGGAGUAGUUGGACUGCAGGGAUCUCCCGCGCGGCAACGCAGCCGGGAAUGCCUCCUGGGUUUCUGCCUCCGCCUGCGACCAAGAAGGGGAGGCAUCUUCCCCGCUCCUCAGUUGGUCUCCAGACUAACAGAUUCUCUCGCUGAUGUCUAAGCAACUUCUGAAGGAUGCAGACGCAGACCCUGGGUGCUGUCGGGCUAACGAGGAGUGGACCUCUCAAGGGGCUGCGGAGGAGACGUGGGAUGUUCAAGCAAGUUCUGGCAACUGGAGUUUCCCGAUAGCAGAUAAAAUUAUUUGCCCACCAUGAGUUGGAGUUUCCUGACUCGUCUCUUAGAGGAGAUCCACAAUCACUCAACUUUUGUUGGCAAAAUCUGGCUGUCUGUGUUGAUUGUAUUUCGGAUCGUCCUGACUGCCGUAGGAGGAGAAUCCAUUUACUAUGACGAACAGAGCAAGUUUGUGUGCAACACGGAGCAGCCCGGAUGCGAGAAUGUUUGUUACGAUGCUUUCGCUCCACUCUCGCAUGUGAGGUUUUGGGUCUUUCAGAUCAUUCUUGUCGCCACUCCGUCUGUGAUGUAUUUAGGCUACGCAAUCCAUAAGAUCGCCCGGAUGGUGGAACACAGCGAAACCGAUAGAAGAAUCCGAAGCAAAAGCUUUUCCAUGCGCUGGAAACAACACCGUGGCUUGGAGGAGACUGAGGAGGACCAUGAGGAAGACCCGAUGAUGUACCCAGAAAUAGAGCUGGAAAGCGAACGGGAGAAUAAGGAGCAGCCAGCACCGGCCAAAGCUAAGCACGACGGCAGGCGGCGAAUCCGCGAGGAUGGGCUCAUGAAGAUUUACGUGCUGCAGCUUCUGGCGAGGACUACGUUUGAAAUCGGCUUUCUGGUGGGUCAGUAUUUUCUGUAUGGCUUUGCGGUCAGCCCCAUUUUUGUGUGCAGCAGGAAGCCGUGCCCGCACAAGAUAGAUUGUUUCAUCUCACGGCCAACUGAAAAGACCAUUUUCCUGCUGAUCAUGUAUGGAGUGAGCUGCAUGUGUUUAUUGUUGAAUGUCUGGGAGAUGCUCCAUUUGGGAUUUGGCACAAUUCGGGACACGUUGAACAACAAGAGAAAAGAGCUGGAAGACUCCGGGACCUAUAACUACCCUUUCACUUGGAAUACGCCAUCUGCUCCUCCUGGUUAUAACAUCGCGGUCAAGCCAGAGCAAAUGCAAUAUACGGAACUCUCCAAUGCCAAAAUGGCCUACAGACAGAACAAAGCCAAUAUCGCUCAGGAACAGCAGUAUGGGAGCAACGAAGAGAACAUUCCAGCCGACCUGGAAAAUCUGCAGAGGGAAAUUAAAGUGGCUCAGGAACGCCUGGACCUCGCCAUCCAGGCUUACAACAACCAAAACAAUCCCAGCAGUUCCAGAGAGAAGAAAUCCAAAGCAGGCUCAAACAAAAGCAGUGCCAGUAGCAAGUCGGGCGAUGGGAAGAACUCCGUCUGGAUUUAAUGUUGGCUGAGUUUAUAGAGUGCGAUCGUUCUCCUAGUUUAUCAUAACCAGCAACUCCUUGAAUAACGGCUUCCAUUAAGUAAAUAUUUGACUCUGUUUAUAUUCAGGGAUACCGUUGGCUAGUGAUUCAACCUCUGGGCAAGGGUUUGUAUGCAUAUUCUAGGGUUAGAGGACUUUAUUCUUCUGUCUUCCAAGUCAGGAGACAAAUAGGUCUAUUUAAAUCAUUCUCAUUGAACGGUUUAUACUGUAUGUACAGUAUUGUAGUACAUUUAUUAUGCACAAUUUUUUGUAUUUGUACACUGGAUCUUUGACGUUUCACUUUUUAUAUUAAUGAGGGGAGAGCAAGGGGGGAGCUGUUAGCGUUUUGCUAGUUUUAUUACUGUGCUCCACAGUUUCGUCAUUGGUCUUCCUUGUUUUAAACGUACAAGUUCGUAUGCUGCGUUUCAGAAGUGCCUUGAACUUGCAGACAGCCCGGAGGAGUCUCCGAUGUCCGGUCACUGAGCGGCAGAGCAGUGGGAGGACUGGAAAACAUCCAUUAGUGGUGUUCCUCACUCCAUCUUUUACAGAGAUGAUGUGUUUGUUAGGACGUGAAUUGUCCUCCCGUAGCUCCUGUGUACAGCAGAAAAAUACAACAGGUUUUUCCACCCUAUGGAAAAUCCCUGAUGGGAAAAAAAAUGUUUGCGCGAGUGCCAGCCUAAAUGUUGAGAGGGCUCAGACCUCCCCGCGGGCUUUAUGCAACAGGAGGGAUGAGAGACUUCAAACUCUUGUAAGACAUCCAAACCCAAGUAAAUAGAACUUGCUGGCUUCAGUAAUUCUGCAUAUUUGUGUGAUUUCUAUGGAAAGAGAUGGGGUUUGAGGUCUGUCGUUGCAUAACCCCCUGACUCCCCGAGGGCAUGAGGUUGUUGCGGUACCUUUUUGGAGAGGAUUGCUGUCUUUCCUGAGGUAAUCAGGUUCGAUGGAGCCGUGGUGGGGUUGUUUCUCCGUGCAUUACACGGCAGGAAGAACCUUCCUCCCCCCAGCCCAGCCACACGAGCUGCCUGGGAGAGUUACAGAACCCAUUUGUAAUAUCAGUGACAUUGCCUUAUUCCAGAACCCUCUUCCUUCCGUUAUGUCUGAGGAAUUUAGUUCAGACAGAGCAAUAUGUAUGAUUUAGGUUUCUGCUUGAGAGACCAGUCAGAUUUGGCAUGCCGUGGGGUUGGCAUUGCACUUGAAUUCCUAAUUAACGACAGGAGAACGCGGUAUUCACUGCCUUUGGCAGCGUCUCCUUGGCAAGGGUGCGCGUUCGUGUUUGAGAGAUGCUGAUAAAUGUGUAUGUUUCUUGCUCCUAUUUAUAAUGUAUUCAGGACCUUGCUCUGCUCUCUAUUUUUUUUGGUAGGUUUUCAUGCGUUUGCAUAUGUUUGGGAGCCUGUUUGACGUGGCACUGCUCUGUUUGGCUACCUCAGCCCUCGGUACGGUUUGGGCAGGGAGAGGUGGGAGCUCCGUGGAGGGCAUGGGUAGAGCCGUACUCUGUUCCUGUCCCGCAGAACGGCUCAGCACAGGCUUUGCGUUAAGUUCAAACUAAGGGUGUAGGAGCACCUGCUCACAGUUGUCCUCUACCCACGUGCUUGCUGAAAAUCAAUGUUUUGAUGAGUUGGUUUGGGUCUGUUUUCACUGUGGGACACCAGGUGAUCCAGGAAUAGAUCCAGACAUAGAUCCUGUCUCUCUCUUGACUCCGCUGUAGAGGUGUAAGCACGCCUGGAGCCAAGGCAGCCCUCCUUCACUCCACUUCACCUCAGCUCAGGAAACAAACUGGCUUCCUGGCCAGUUCACCGGUGACUCCUGGCCACCGCUCCAGGAAGGAGCGACCUCUGGGUUCUGUGCAGAAGAGUUUCAGGGUGAUGUCUUCAAGUGAUACCACAAGCGUGGAACAGGGCUAGAAGCUUGAGUGGGCUCCCACCAGUGAGGUGGGACUGGCUGCGUGGGGCGAGAGGGGUUCAUUAGAGAGGUCCUCUAAUUAAGCAAGAGUUAGAGAAGCCCACUGCCCAAAGGUGGGUAGAUGGCUUUGCCAGCAGAAAGCUGUGAGUGCGGUGAAGAGGCUGGGUGGAAAAUGUCUGAAAGUACUUGAGAAGGACAUUUGGAGCCUGGAGAUAAACGAGAUGGGUGGCUGCAAUCCACUCGUUGUCCCCCUGCGCUGCCUGGUUGUGCUUUGCAGUUUCCCAAGAGGAUUCCGUUGCGCCAGACCCUUCGUGGUGGUUUUGGAACAGCCUCUCGCCAGCUGAACGGAGUGAAAAUCCUUUUCCCCUUGCUGCUCUCCAUGCGAUCUGCAGCGACUCCUUAUUAAUGGCUCAAAAUGCAGUCAGUCCACAACCUGGUGUUUAUAUUGUCCCAUUCCAAUUAAUGAUCUGAUCCAUUACCCGCAUACAGCCCCAUCUCAGGUCAGUCCUCUGGGCUUCUGUCCCACCCAUUAGUGAGCAGAGUGUGUAGAAUAUUCCAAUCCCAGCGCUAGCUUCAUUCCGAAAAUGCAAAGUAAUGGAGCUGUUUCUGUUACUGUUUGUAUAUUUUAAUUUCAAUUGUGUAUAAAGUGCACAUUUCCUUUGGAACCGAGUGUUUGUCAUCAGUGGGGGGGUCUGUUCUGCAUGGUCACGGCUCUAACCGUGUCCACGUUCAAAGCACCAGGUUUCCUCCUAAAGAAACAAUCCGUGCUCUUCCUUUGGCUUUAACGCAUUGGAAAUACAUGUUCCAAAGAGGCACUUGGAUGGGAGAUGCCAAGUGUAACUUGGGUUUGUCAUGUCAUUCUCUGGGUUUGGAAAAACUCCAUUAAAUCCAGUGGAUUCCUCCAGUCUGAGUGAAACGGCUGCUUUUUUUUUCCGCCAAUAGAAUAUGUGAAGUGGGGGAGGGAUGGUUUCAGGAUUUCUUUUAGAGACGCAACUUGGAAUUUUUAUACAUU